AAUGCAUAGAGGCAGAAUGGCUGGGCUGUGCUACCGCCACAGUCAGAGCUCGGUCCUCAGAGGAAGCAGGGACGCCUCUCUGCGCUGAGUGGGGCAGCACAGGUGGAAGCUCUGAGGACCGGAGGAGGCGGUGAGGAGGGAUUUGUUUGGCUCGUUCGCUGGCGUUUCUGCGCUCCGCACCGCGAGGAGGAGAGGGAGCAGCGGAGAGAGGGGCUGCUGCAGGACCCCCCCGGGGGAGCGGGCCGGAGCCGCGGCCGCAUGAGCGGCGUGUGUGUGUGACGCGCGUCAGACCCCCGGCGCCGCAGUGGCAGGGAAGCCAUGGCUCAGGCAGCCAAACAGCUCCGAAAGAGCAAGGAGCUGGACGCCCUCGCUGCGCAGGAGCAGCGUGAGAAGGAGGAGGAGAAGAACAAGAAGAGGAACCGCUCCAGAGACCGCCGCCGCAAGGCUGACGCCGCCACCAGCUUUCUGCGAGCUGCUCGCUCCGGGAACCUGGACAAGGCCCUGGACCACAUCAAAAACGGGAUCGACAUCAACACAGCCAAUCAGAAUGGGCUGAACGGUCUGCACUUGGCCUCUAAGGAGGGCCACGUCAAGAUGGUGCUGGAGCUGCUGCACAACGGCAUCAUCCUGGAGACCACAACCAAGAAGGGAAACACAGCCCUGCACAUCGCUGCCCUGGCCGGACAGGAGAAGGUGGUCGCUGAACUCGUCCACUAUGGUGCCAACGUCAACGCCCAGUCCCAGAAGGGCUUCAGUCCCCUCUAUAUGGCUGCCCAAGAGAACCACUUAGAGGUGGUCAAGUUCCUGCUUGAGAACGGAGCCAAUCAGAGCCUUCCAACAGAGGAUGGUUUCACUCCCCUAGCGGUGGCUCUGCAGCAGGGCCAUGAGAAUGUGGUCGCUCUGCUCAUUAACUACGGCACCAAGGGGAAGGUGCGGCUGCCGGCCCUGCAUAUCGCCGCACGCAACGACGACACGCGCACUGCGGCCGUCCUGCUGCAGAACGACCCCAACCCUGACGUGCUGAGCAAAACAGGCUUCACUCCUCUCCAUAUAGCAGCUCACUAUGAGAACCUCAGUGUGGCUCAGCUUCUGCUCAACAGAGGGGCCAAUGUCAACUUCACCCCCAAGAAUGGCAUCACCCCCCUGCACAUCGCCUCCCGGAGGGGCAACGUCAUCAUGGUGCGACUGCUACUGGACAGAGGAGCUCAGAUUGACGCCAAGACCAAGGAUGAGCUGACCCCCCUGCACUGUGCAGCCAGGAACGGCCACGUCCGCGUCAUCGAGAUCCUGCUGGACCAGGGCGCCCCCAUCCAGGCUAAGACCAAGAACGGCCUGUCCCCCAUCCACAUGGCGGCUCAGGGGGACCACAUGGACUGCGUGCGGCAGCUCCUGCAGUACAACGCCGAGAUCGACGACAUCACGCUGGACCACCUGACCCCUCUGCACGUGGCCGCCCACUGCGGACACCACCGCAUGGCCAAAAUGCUGCUGGACAAGGGGGCCAAGGCCAAUGCCCGCGCGCUGAAUGGCUUCACGCCGCUGCACAUCGCCUGUAAGAAGAACCACAUUCGCUCCAUGGACCUGCUGCUGAAGCACUCUGCCUCGCUGGAGGCUGUCACCGAGUCUGGCCUAACCCCCCUCCAUGUAGCAGCCUUCAUGGGCCACCUCAACAUCGUCAAGAACCUGCUACAGAGGGGAGCUUCCCCAAAUGCUUCCAACGUGAAAGUGGAGACCCCGUUGCACAUGGCGUCCCGCGCAGGACACUGUGAGGUGGCACAGUUCCUGCUGCAGAACAACGCGCAGGUGGAUGCCAAAGCAAAGGAUGACCAGACGCCCCUGCACUGUGCCGCCCGCAUGGGCCACAAGGAGCUGGUGAAGCUGCUGCUGGAGCACAAGGCGAACGCCAACUCCAGCACCACUGCCGGCCACACCCCCCUGCACAUCGCCGCCCGCGAGGGACACGCCCACACCACCCGCAUCCUGCUAGACGGGGAGGCCCAGCUGACCAAGAUGACAAAGAAAGGCUUCACUCCCUUGCAUGUUGCUUCCAAGUACGGCAAGGUGGACGUAGCAGAGCUGCUACUGGAACGAGGAGCUAACCCCAACGCUGCCGGCAAGAAUGGAUUGACUCCGCUGCAUGUGGCCGUCCAUCACAACAACCUGGAUGUCGUCAAGCUGCUGGUCAGCAAGGGUGGAUCCCCACACAGCACUGCCCGAAAUGGCUACACCCCGCUGCACAUCGCCUCCAAGCAGAACCAGCUGGAAGUGGCCAGCAGCCUGCUGCAGUACGGGGCGUCGGCCAACGCCGAGUCCCUGCAGGGUGUCACGCCCCUCCACCUGGCUGCCCAGGAGGGCCGCGCCGAAAUGGUGUCCCUGCUCAUCUCCAAGCAGGCCAACGUCAACCUAGGCAACAAGAAUGGACUGACCCCUCUGCACCUGGUGGCCCAGGAGGGCCAUGUGGGCAUCGCCGACUCGCUGGUGAAGCAGGGCGCCUCGGUCUACGCCGCCUCCCGGAUGGGCUACACCCCCCUCCAUGUGGCCUGUCACUAUGGCAACAUCAAGAUGGUAAAGUUUCUCCUGCAGCAGCAGGCAAACGUCAACAGCAAGACCAGGGUGGGGUACACCCCCCUCCACCAGGCGGCUCAACAGGGCCACACUGACAUCGUAACCCUGCUGCUGAAGCACGGAGCCCUGCCCAACGAGACCACCACCAACGGCACCUCCCCCCUGGGCAUCGCCAAGCGCCUGGGCUACAUCUCUGUCAUUGAUGUGCUGAAGCUGGUGACCGAGGAGACCGUUUCCACGAUCCCUGCUGAAAAACACAGGAUGAGUUUUCCUGAGACGGUUGAUGAGAUAUUGGACGUGUCUGAGGAUGAAGGAGUUGCUCCGCUAACGAUAGGUGAGGAGCUUCUGGGAAUGGAAGGUGCCAGGUACCUGAAGCUGGAUGACCUGAAAGACCAGGACGAUGACUUCCUGUCACCCAAGAAAACGCUGAGAGAUUUUGAGAGUGGACUUGGCACUACGCCCUACUCUCCUGCGAUUCCCAGAAUCCCCUGCGUGUCCCCAGAGACUGUCAUGCUGGAUCAGCACACACCCGUCCCUCUGCCCAAAGAGUACGACGAGGACUCGCUCAUCCCCAGCAGCCCGGCCACCGAGACCUCCGACAACGUCAGCCCUGUGGCCAGCCCCAUCCACACGGGCUUCCUGGUCAGCUUCAUGGUGGAUGCACGGGGUGGCUCCAUGCGGGGCAGCAGGCAUAACGGGCUGCGUGUGAUCAUCCCGCCCCGAACGUGCGCUGCCCCGACGCGCAUCACCUGCCGCCUCGUCAAGCCGCAGAAGCUCAGCACGCCGCCUCCGCUGGUGGAGGGGGAGGGGCUCGCCAGCCGCAUCAUCUCUCUGGGGCCGUCCAGCAUGCAGUUCCUGGGGCCAGUGAUAGUGGAGAUCCCUCACUUCGCUGCUCUGGGUCGGGGGGACCGUGAGCUGGUGGUGCUGCGCAGCGAGAACGGAUCUGUCUGGAAGGAGCACCGCAAUCGCUAUGGCGACGACGUCCUGGAGACCAUCCUGAACGGCAUGGAUGAAGACCUGGAGAGCCAGGAGGAGCUGGAGAAGAAGAGGAUCCGCCGCAUCAUCUCCACCGACUUCCCCCUCUACUUCGCCGUGGUGUCACGCAUCCAGCAGGAGAGCGACCUCAUUGGCCCAGAGGGCGGUCAGCUGACCAGCAAGCUCGUGCCGUCGGUCCAAGCCACCUUUCCGGAGACGGCCGUCACCAAGAGAGUCCGGCUCGGGCUGCAGGCCCAGCCUGUUCCGGAUGAGCUGGUGACCCGGCAGCUGGGCAAUCAGGCCACGUUCAGCCCGGUGGUGACAGUGGAGCCGCGCAGACGCAAGUUCCACCGCCCGAUCGGCCUGCGCAUCCCGCUGCCCCCAUCCUGGAGGGAGAGUCCCCGGGAUGCGGGGGAGGGCGACACCACCAGCCUGCGGCUGCUCUGCAGCGUCAUCGGCGGCACUGCCCCCGCUCAGUGGGAGGACAUCACCGGCACCACCAAGCUGAUGUACGCCAACAACUGCGCCAAUUUCACCACCAACGUGUCUGCACGCUUCUGGCUGGCGGACUGUCCGCGCACGGCGGAGGCCGUGUCCUUCGCUAACCUGCUGUACCGCGAGCUGAUGGCGGUGCCCUACAUGGCGAAGUUCGUGGUUUUCGCCAAGAUGAACGAGGCGCGGGAGGGCCGGCUGCGCUGCUACUGCAUGACUGACGACAAGGUGGACAAGACCCUGGAGCAGCACGAGAACUUCACCGAGGUGGCCCGCAGCCGCGACAUCGAGGUGAUGGAGGGCAUGGCACUGUACCUGGAGUGUUCGGGGAACCUGAUGCCCAUGAGGAAAGCUACCCAGCAGCCUCGCUGCUUCAGCUUCCAGGCCUUCAGAGACAACCGAUUGCCCGUGUCCGUCAAGAUGAGAGACAGCGGUAAGGAGGCUACAGGAUUCCUCUCCUUCCUGCGGAAGUCCACUAAGUAUGAGGACAACCAGCACGUUCUGUGCAAUCUCAACAUCACCAUGCCUCCCUGCGUUAAGAUUGUGGGCAGUGAGGAGCGCAGGCGCACUCUUACCCCCUUAGCCCUGCGGGAGAGGUACAGCGCUCUGAACGAGCCUGCGUUGGCCUCACUGAACGCCAUGGAGAGGACAGAGUUAAAAAUAUCACUAAUAUCUGAGCAGCUGGGUCUCAGCUGGGCAGAACUUGCUCGGGAGCUGCAGUUCAGUGUGGAUGACAUCAACAGGAUCCGGGUGGAGAAUCCCAACUCCCUGCUGGACCAGAGCUCUGCACUGCUCAGUCUGUGGGCCGGCCGGGAGGGCAAGAGGGCCAAGAUGGAAAGCCUGUAUGGAGCCCUGCGGAAUAUAGACCGCACUGACAUCAUCAGCUCGCUGGAAGGGCAGGGGUCACAGGCUGUAGCAGGGGCCCUGGAGGAGGGGGACCAGAGACACACAGAUCACCUGUCCCCCAGUGUGAUCAACGGUUACGGUCUGGUGCAGGAAGAGCUGCUGUCUCCCGCCUCCAUGCAGUACAGCCUGCCCUCCCCGCUGGGGGCCGAGCCGUACUGGCAGGAGGUGUCCAGCCUGGAGUGCGCCCCCAUCGCCACCACCGAGGAGGACACCCUCAUGGAGAUGUCGGAGGUGCAGGUGUGGCCCUCGGGGGCCAGCCCGUCCCUGGUGACGGUGGAGGACUCCUCCCUGGAGUGCAGUAACGCGGACGACUCGGAGGGGGGGCUGGGGCCCCCCAGCGGGAGCCUGAGCCUGGGCAGGCCGAGCAGCGGGGCCAGCGGGGUCAGCGGCUCCAUCCUGGAGCUGGAGGAGGAGGAGGAGGGCGCCGAGGAGCUGGCCCCUGAGGACAGCAACGGGCUGCUCGGGGGUCAGAGGUCAGAGGUCAGCAGGGCGGAGGCGGUGGCGGCCAGCAGCAGCUUGACGGGAGGAGCCAGUGGAGGAGCAGAAGGAGGAGGAGGAGGAGGAGGAGGAGGAGGGGGAGGAGGAGUGGGUUCAGAGGAAGGCUUUUCUCUCAUUGCAGGGCCGCAGCAGGAGUGCGCCCAGCUGAGCGAGGCCUCCAGACUGAGCCUCAUCACAGAGCCCAACGGAGACAGGGUGGGCAGCGGAGCGUUUCAGCCCUAUCUGCAGGAAGCCGCUCACAGCUGGCAGCCCGUGGGCUCGGUGAUGUCAUCAGCGUGCGCAGGAGCAGACGGCACCCUCAGCCAGUCUCACAUAGCAGAGGAGUCCCUGCUGCAGCCGGUGCGGGACACGGGACACUCCCAAAUCCUGUGCGGGCGUGUCCGUGGCACCCAGCCCUUCGAGAAGGGGCUGGCCUUCUCCCACAGAGGGGCGGGGCUCAGAGGGUGGGACCAGGAGCCGCGCAGCGAGCAGGGGGAGGAGGUGCCGGAUCUGCCUGUGGAACACAAAGAGGACCAGUUUGCUGAUGAACACAUCGUCACCAAAAAGCCGGAUGUUGUGAUGAAGAAGGGAGAGAAGACGGUGAGGCGUGCCAGUGUGCGGAAAGUGAAGCAGUGAGGCCACACCCUGACACCUACAGAAUCGGACAUCCACUGCCAAACCAUCUGUCACUGACACGUGACCAGGACCCAGGAAGGAGGCGGGUGAGGAGAAGAGGAGUCAAAACGCAUCCACAACUAAGACAGCUACAGAAACAGCAACCUGCCCACGACUAACACACAACACAGACGGCCCAUGCUGGGGAUCCACGCGUAGUUUGGUUACCUUUUUAAAGACAAAACAGCUAUAGAUUAGAGGCAUGGUUUUAUAUAAAACAUACAGAAAACCAACGAAGAAAAAAAUGCAACAAAAAAGUGCUUCCUGUUCUCUGUAUAAGCAUGAAGAAUCGCUGGUGCAUGUCCUGUCGUUAUCUACAGCUGAAGGGGUAUAUGGGGGGAGGGGGGUUGGGUGUCUACUGUCUGAAACAAUGCAACAGUCGUUUAAUUUUUCUACAUCCAGCUUUCUGUACGCUGACCACUCCUGACCAUCGUUAGCCCAUUACUGCCCCCUGAUUGCAGAGGGGAUGCCUGGGAAGUGUAGUCCAUGACCUUUGAGCUGUAUGGAUGUUGCAUGUGUGUAGCAUGUUGUUGUGUUUGUGGUGCUGGGAUGCCGUUGGCAGCCUGCACUGAGAGUCUGUCUGAGUGAGUGUGCCCCCUCUGUGAGAGAGCCUGUCUGUGAGUGAGUGUG